CUGUGGCAAACAAGAAUGAAGGAGAUCGUUCUUGCAAUUUUAGCGAAAAUCGCAGAGUACACUGCUCAACCAGUUGGACGGUGGCUAUGUUAUUCAUGUCACUACAAGAGCAACAUGGAGUAUCUGAAGAAUCAGGAAAUGACGCUGCGGGAUGCUCAGAAAGAGGUUGAACGCAAGGUUAAAACUGCUUCAGAUAACGGCGAUGAAAUAAAAGAUAAUGUAGAAAUGUGGUUGAAAAAGGUGGACGAUAUUAUCAAGAAACUUGGUGGAGGUGAAGAAGAAGCCGAAUCGAGGAACUCUAAUGUGUCAUGCCUGAACUUGAAGCAACGACAUCAGAUGAGCCGGGAAGCAAAGGAGAUGGUGGGUAAUAUUGCAAAACUUCUUGAAGAAGGAAACUUCGUCGGCGGUGUUUCCCAUCGUCCUGCUGUGCAAGAUAGGGUGACUCCAAGAAACGUGGAUUACAUGACCUUGGAUUCGAGGAUAUCAAUUACGAAGAGAAUUAUGGAGGCAUUGGGAGAUGCUAAUAUUAACAAGAUCGGCGUGUGGGGGUCGCCUGGAGUUGGAAAGAGUACACUGAUGAAAGAAAUUUUCAGGAAAGCCAAGGAAGAAAGCUUAUUCGAUGAGGUGGCUCUGGCAAAUGUGACGGAAAGCCCAAACCUAAGUCAAAUUCAAGAAGAAAUUGCAAACAUGCUAGAUCUAAAGCUUGAUCCUAAUUGUAAAACUGAAAUGGUAAGAGCAGGCCAUCUACGGGCGAGGUUAGAAAAAGACAAGGAGAAGAAGAUACUUGUUAUCUUGGAUGAUAUAUGGAAGCGACUUGAUUUGGAGCAAAUAGGAAUUAUUCCUUCCGAAAGAUGCAAAGUACUACUCACAUCCAGAGAUCGACAUGUACUAGCUUCUGAGAUGGUCAACGAAGAGAACAGCUUUAAACUCGACACUUUAGGAGAAGAAGAAGCAUGGAUCUUAUUUGAAAAGAUGGCGGGUGAUUCUGUCAAAGGUGAUCUUGACUUGCGAAACACAGCAAUAUAGGUAGCUAAUGCGUGU